UUAUGUAAGAUCUUAUUUGUACAACACAAGUUACAUUCUUUAUUCAACAGUUAUGCCACCCUUCGUGUUCUUGGAUAAACGGUUAGUUCUUCUUUUUACAUUUUUUAUUCUUUUAAUUAUAUUUCUAUUGUAAUGUACUGUUAAUAUUUUGUUUUGUUCGUACGAGAAUGGAAGUAUAAUGCCCAUCUUGGAGAUUGAAUUCUACAAUAUACAUGUAAGUUUUCAUUGAAUAUCUCUAAAUAUUUAUAGCUCUACUUUUUAUAAUUUUGAAUUUUCUUAGCCAAAUCCCCGCACUUCCGAAUCUUAAAAUUUAGAUUUUGCCGAAUCCAACACUCGUGUACCCGCACUUGAGUCCGAGCAACUUAGAUCACUAGUAUGAGGUGGAAUUUGAAUAGCCAGGGGCGGAGCCAGCAUACAAUUUACGGGUUCGGCCGAACCCAGUAACUUUGAUCCAAACACUGCUUUUGUCUUUAAAAUUUAUUGAACAUGUACAAAUUGUUAGUUUAGAACUAUGUUACCUGUUUCAAAAAAAUUGUUGGUUUAGAACCCAGUAACUUUAAGGAACUAGAAUGUGGAACCCAUAAGCUUCAAAUCCUGGCUCCGCCUCUGCACUGAUAUCAGUCUUUACUUGGGCUUCUGAUAAGGGUCUUGGGUUUGGUAUUAUGUUAUUUCAGAAUUUAGCGACAAUGAGGUUCAGAAUGAGUAAAAUAUUCAUGGGUAAAGGUCCAUUUUGCCUUGUACUUUGCAAAAAGGUCUAACUUUGCCUCUGUUAGAAGUUGGUUCAUCCAUGUACUUGAGAUCCUUAGUGUCGCCCAAUUGUUUGAUAAAAUGUCUGUAUGGAAGUCGCGGCAGGAAUGCUCCUCUAGUUAUGCACCUAGAUCAGAGUUAUGUCUCUCAUAACCCAUCAUAUCACUAGUAUACGGUGGGAUUUGUUUCCCUCCAAAAUAAUGGUUUUACCUAGCCUUUAGUUAGGCUUCUGAUAAGGCUCUUAGGUUUGACUUGAUGUUAGUUCAGAUUUUAGAGUCAAUGAGUACAUAUUUUAGUCAUAUGCACAUUCCUGAUGCAAAAUUAAUUCUGGGCAUCAUUUAGCUACGCAUUUCUUAAUAUUGUUGAUGAAUUUUUCUGUAUGUAUUUUUUGAAGCAAAGUUCGAGGUUGUUCCAACUUGUGAUAGGAUUAGAUGUUGUAAUGGCCAAUUUGUCUUCCCAAAUAUGUUGUAUCUUGGGUCUAAAUCUUUUAUUCAUUUAUUUAUUUCAGAAUUUCAAGAUUCUCAGAGCAAAACCUUGCAGACUCUUUCGGCAGUUCAGUAGUAUAAUGUCAACUGCGGAUUGGUCAAAGUUGCCGAUGGAACUUGUGGGGUUAAUUGCUAGUCGGCUGCAUUUUGCUGAAGACUGCUUGCGAUUUGGUGUAGUUUGUAAGUCAUGGAGAAUUGGUAUACUACAAAAUGGCAAUUCUUCAUGCUCAUUCCUUCCUUGGCUGAUGCUUCCUCAGAGGAAAAAUGAAAGCUUGCGCACAUGUUAUAGUCCUUUCAACUGUAAGAGUUAUGAUAUAUGUUUACCGGAUGUUCUAGAUAAGCGUUGUUGGGGUUCUUCUCAUGGUUGGUUAGUCACUUUAGGUGCUAAUUUUGAGAUGCACUUGCUGAAUCCAUUAUCAAGGGGCCAAAUUUCACUCCCGCCACUGCAUAAAUGCCCUAAUUUGAAUCUAGUUUGUACAGGAAAGAGCUUUCGCGACUCGUUCGUGUACAAAGUUAUCUUGUCUGCUAGUCCGUGCUCAGCGGAUUGUGUAAUUUUUGCUAUUUAUUCUGAUAAUUGGAAAAUGGCAUUUGCAAAGCCAGGUGAUGUUUCUUGGACUCCCUUGAGUUGCAUCCAUGGCCAUGUUGAUGAUGCCAUCUGUCAUGACGGAAAGUUUUAUGCUAUCGACACUUUUGGCGAAGUUCUAAUUUGGGACUUUUCGGGCUCUUUCUUGAAGAAAAUAGCUUUCACGCCAUCUCGCGAUAUGGAUAAUUUGGCGUAUGUUACUACAUAUCUUGCCGAGAUAGAGGGCCAAAUACAUGCAAUAAUGAGGCUUUUGUUUGAUACAAGAAUUACAGAUGCCCCUUGCCUAAGCACUUGGUGUUUCAAAAUUUACAAGUUGGACGUCUGCAACGAGAAGUGGGAAGAAGUGAAAUCUUUGGGUGAUUGGUCUAUUUUUGUAGGAAGCAAUCAUUCCUUCUCAUUUUCGUGCUCAGCUUACCCAGAAUGUGAGAGUAAUUGUAUAUACUUCACAGAUGACUUCUCUGGAGCUUAUUACGAUGCAAUACAUGGCUAUGAUAUGGGUAUUUACAACGUUCAGAAUGGCAGGGUGAAACCUCUUCUUCAGGAAAAUAAAUCUGACUUUGCAUUCUCACUGCCACUUUGGAUAAUACCAAGUUUAUCUUAAGGAUUUUUCAGUUGAGUGAGACAGUAAUGUACAUCACGCAAUGCGAUUUUCUGCUAAACAGAUAUCUGGCCAGUGAUACUGAUAGAUUAGUUCUUGUCCUGCAAAUGCAAUAUGUAUUUUACAGUUUUGAGCAAAUGUUUGUUGUGCUCGUAAAUUCCUAGUUCCUUAAAUUUGGCCUGUUGCUUUUUGUCA